GGUCGUUUCGUUUUUCUCACUUUCAGUUUCGAUUCGUUUCACUGCUGCUUUUUACAAUGCCGUCGACCAUUAACUCUGGUUUGCCUUCUACGACCGAUGGAAACGAUAUGGAUCUGCAAAAAUGGCUAAAGGAAAUAGAAAAUGCUGAAAACCUUAUGGACGAUGUUGAAGCGAAAACAAGCUCUUUGCAAGCCAAAGUCGAUGCUCUUUUGGCCCAACUGAUGAACGACAGCGAAUCGUCGCAAUCAAGUGACGAUGUCACCAAGCAAAACGCAUCCGAUGCUUAAUCGGACCAUUUUGUUGAUAGCAUGUUGCAUGGGGAUACUGUGCGCAAUGCAUAUUGCAUUGCACUUAACUUCCCUUAAAAUCUGGUAGUUGACUUUGUUUUUUUUUGUGUUUUGCCA